CAGGGUGCUUCUCUAUAAAUGCUAUCACAACCAUCGAGCGAAACAAGUGCCUGCUCAUAAUCAAUCGUGUGGUUGAGCAAUCAGGAUAGGCUCUGACGUAUACAGUGCCGUUGGCAAGGCCAGAUCGAGCUCUCAGGAUGAAGAUGAGCAGCGGCCUGGCAGGCCCGGUGGCGCUGGCCGCCGCCGUGUGCCUGCUGCUGCCGGCGGCGAGCCUGGCGCAGCUGCAGGUGGGGUUCUACAACACCUCCUGCCCCAACGCCGAGGCACUCGUGCGUCAGGCCGUCACGGCCGCCUUCGCCAACAACUCCGGCGUUGCGCCCGGGCUCAUCCGCCUCCAUUUCCAUGACUGCUUUGUCAGGGGCUGCGACGCCUCCGUCCUCCUGACCGUGAACCCCGCCGGCGGCAACACCGAGCGCGACGCCCCGCCCAACAACCCGAGCCUGCGCGGCUUCGAGGUGAUCGACGCCGCCAAGGCCGCCGUGGAGCGCAGCUGCCCGCGCACCGUCUCCUGCGCCGACAUCGUCGCCUUCGCGGCGCGCGACAGCGUGAACCUCACCGGCAACACCUUCUACCAGGUCCCCUCGGGCCGCCGCGACGGGCGCGUGUCCAACGCGACGGAGGCCCUCUCCCUCCCGGGGCCCAACAGCACGGCGCAGAACCUCACCGACGGCUUCGGCCGCAAGGGCCUCAGCGCCGAGGACAUGGUGGUGCUCUCCGGCUCCCACACCAUCGGCCGCUCCCACUGCGCCUCCUUCCUGUUCCGGAACCGGCAGCGGCUCGCCGCCGGGACCAUCAGCCCGGCGUACCAGGCGCUGCUGGAGGCGCUGUGCCCGCCCACCACGGGCCAGCUCACCCCCAACACCACGGAGAUCGACCUCAGCACGCCGGCGUUGCUGGACAACAACUACUACAAGCUGCUGCCGCUCAACCUGGGCCUCCACUUCUCCGACGACCAGCUCAUCCGGAACGCGACGCUCGCGCCCUUCGCCAGCGCCUUCGCCGCCAACGAGACGCUCUGGAAGCAGAAGUUCGCCGCCGCCAUGAUCAAGAUGGGCAACAUCGAGGUCAAGACUGGCACGCAGGGGGAGAUCCGCCUCAACUGCAGCGUCGUAAACCCGGGGUCGUCGUGGGCCGCCGGGAUCGAGAUGAUGCCGUUCCCCGCCGGCACCUCAGAUGCUACAGCCGGCGAGGUCGCCACCAGCUGAUCUCGAUCGGCCGAGAUGUUGUAUUCAUGUGCGUGCGUGCAUAAUUAUAUAUAUUGUAGUGUGCCCGAUCGGUGUACACAACAACUUAUUGUUUGUUGCGUGCAGUCGUCAUCGGUACACACUACACACUACUGGCCUGGUACGAUGCUGUUACGUACGGGGUAAUGGAAGUCUGAAUAAAAUUUGGUUGCGUGACAAUAUUUAGGCAAGCAUAACUAUAGCUUGCGAUCGAGUAGCGGUGCACUUAUUACCACUAUUUGAAUCUA